AUGGCUCGCCACAUCGCCGCCACUCCGCCACCGGCGCCGUCGCAUCAUCAGGCACACAACAGGAGGAGGAGCGCGCCGCCGCCCAAGAGCGAAAAACCAUCGCCAAGGAGGGCGUCAUCUCCGCCGCCGCCACCGCCGCCGCCUCCAGCAAAGACGGUCAAGCCCAAGUCCCCACCAGCGAAGCCGAGGCACAGCAGCGGCCAUCCUCCAGCUACAGGGCCGCCACCUUCUUCCGAUACAAUCACUUGGCGUCCAAGGAGGUUUGGGCCGCCGCCACCUCCCGCUCACGACACGAUAGUAUGGCAACCAAGGCCGCCAUCGCCGCCUUCGUCACUCGGCUGGAGCUCCUCCACUAUUGCUCCCCCUCCGGCAUCGUUAUCGCCAUCAGCAGCGGCAGCUGCAGCGUUUGCGACGCCGCCUGGGCUGCUCGUGGCAGGCAUCGUCAUGUUCCUGCUUGCUAUAGUGGCCAUCGUCACCAGCAUCUGGAUACUCUGCAAGAGGAGGAGAGACAAGGUGGCUGACAGCAUUUUGGUGGAGUACGUCGGGAGCAGCCAUUUUCCUGGCGAUGGCAGCAGCAGCAAGCGAGAUUGCAUCAUACCCUUGAGCGAGAUCGAGGAUGCACGGCUCAGGGACAAGCUCGGUGCCUUCGUCCGAGAGAAGCAGCAGGAGCAUCUUCAACCGUCGCAGCUAAAUGCCAGUCCUCCAAGGCGCUUGCCUCCUUCGGCAUUUUUCGGCGGUGUCCGCCCCGUGGAUCCAAUCGUUGGGGCUCCAGUUCAACACCACCUGAUGGAGGUGCCAACUUAUGAGGACGAGAUCCGGGGAAGCACGGUGGAGUAUCCUCCGAUCUUCCAUGGCUUCGCUCCCACGCAGCACGUCCACGAGCUUGCAGAUGAGCCGCCAAGAACUUCUGUCUGCCGUCGCGAUCCAAGUGCUGCACGUCGAAGCGACUACAUCGAGCAGCGUUAUCAACGAGACCAAGCCAAGGUUGUGGAUCCAGUGUGUCGUCCUGACACCGUGUUCGAUCCUGGAGAUGAUUGGGUUGCUCGGCUGGGGGCAGCAAUAGAGAAGCGAGAAGAAAUGGAGAAACAGAUCCAGAGGAUCAUCGAGUUUGGGAUGAAGAAGCCCCGCGUCAAACACGUCCACCGGAGCCGUGAGGUGUAUAAGCACGUGGCUGCGACAGCCAAUUCCGGAACUAGUCUUUGCGUACACGAUUCGGACGCCCAGCCUUCCACCUCGGAGGCUAACCUUGAGCUCGGAACGUAGGAACGGAAGGAGGUACGCUUUUCAGUCGUUUUGGAUUGAUGGUUGGUAGGAAGGAUCACAAGCAAAACUCUCGUUUUUUAAACCGGAAAAAAGGAAGAAAAGACGGAUGCAUAAGCAAAAAGCUCUUGGCAUUCAUCACUUAUUUAUUUUAAAAGGAUGAAACCAUGGGGAAACAUGGAAUUCCCUUCAUCCUUCAGAGGAGACAUGACAAAAAACACCAUGAGGAGAUGACAAACAAAAGACACCAUAUCAAAGCGAC